AUGAGAUCGCAUGACUUUGAUUCUUCCCGUCCUUUGAAUAUCCUUCAGUUUACAGGCAACUUCUCGAUCGCUGAAGCCCACGCGUGGCUUCACAAUCUCCUGCCGAACGUUCCGUCGAAAUGCCCGCCAGCCGAUACGAUAACUAAUAAUUAUCAGUGCUCAGCUAAUGGCGGUACACAACUUCAAGUCACUUAUAGCAAAGGCCAAGCAACAUUCCGCUCCGACUGCAUGACGACCAUCUGUAUCAUUCGUGACAAGGUCAGCGAGCAGACGAUGAAAAUGCAGAUUCGUGUCGAGGUGGCUUGUGAAUUAAACCAAGACAGUGUGGACCACUGUCUGAAACUGAUCCAUCCGAAAGUAAUGGCAAUGUUGGAUAUCGAGAAGGAUAAGUUGUAUGCGUCUGCUUUAAAGGAGCUCGAGGCGAACAACGACAACGUCUUCAGCUUCCUGUCGCCGACAAACGCGAAACUUCUCCGAGAUCACGACUCGAUUUGGGAGCGGGCUGAGGGGGUGAACAUUGAGGAUUCGGGAGUGUUGGCGGUGCUCGAGAAUCUGAUGAUGGCCAGGGCGAAGUUGAUGGGCAAAUCGAAGAGAGGAAGGAUUGAGGCGAUAAGGGAUCUGAUUGCGACGGAUUAUAAUUUUGAGAAUGUUCAGAAACUUUUUAAGAGCGCCAUGAAUGAUUAG